CUUCUUGUCAGAGCUGUAUCCGGGUCGUUGCUCUCCCCAUUGUCUCAGACAGUCGGCCUCCGACUGUGGGAAUCCCGGGUCCUUUGUGGCUUCUGGUGCAGGAUAAUAAAGUUUUCUGUUCUUUUUGUUCCUGGUUUUUACCGGGGCAGGUGCCCUCGCAGGGCGGCCGGCUCGGGCCUGGCGCCUCUGGCCGGGGAGCGCGGGGGAAGGGGCGCGGGGCUGGGGGUGGGGAGGGACGCUGGCCCGGCCCCGGGGUCGCCCCUGCGCCGUCGGCCCGGCUCGCAUAGCUGCGCGGACUCGGCUCCGUGGCCCUCUGCGCGUCCCUGCUGCCUCGCCUCCUGCAGCCUCUCCCUAGGUCUCCUCCAAACGACCGCCUCACGGAUUCCUUAUGGAUCGCAGCUCCAAGAGGAGGCAGGUGAAGCCUUUGGCAGCUUCUCUCCUGGAAGCUCUUGAUUAUGAUAGUUCAGAUGACAGUGAUUUUAAAGUUGGAGAUGCUUCAGAUUCUGAAGGGAGUGGUAAUGGAAGUGAAGACCCUUCAAAGGACAGUGGAGAAGGCUCCUGUAGUGAUUCUGAGGAAAACAUUUUAGAAGAAGAACUGAAUGAAGAUAUUAAAGCAAAAGAAGAACAGCUUAAAAAUUCUACAGAGGAAGAAAUAGUGCCCUCAGACAAACAGUUAAUCAAAAUGGAAAAGAAGGAAGAAGAAGAAAAUGGAGAAAGACCUAGAAAGAAAAAGGAGAAAGAAAAAGAGAAAGACAAGGAGAGAGAGAAGGACAAAGAAAAGGCAACAGUGUCUGAUAGUGCGGCUGCUUCUGCUGCUGCCAGCACACCAGCCACGAGUCCUGCUGUUACCUCCCCUUCUGUCCCUACCACAACCACCGCCACCGAGGAACAGGUCAGUGAGCCCAAGAAAUGGAAUCUUCGUCGGAACCGGCCCCUUUUGGACUUUGUAUCCAUGGAAGAGCUGAAUGAUAUGGACGAUUAUGACAGCGAGGACGACAAUGAUUGGAGACCGACUGUAGUAAAGAGAAAGGGGAGAUCGGCAUCUCAGAAGGAGGGCAGUGAUGGAGACAAUGAGGACGAUGAAGAUGAGGGAAGUGGGAGUGAUGAAGAUGAGAAUGAUGAGGGCAAUGACGAAGACCAUAGCAGCCCUGCUAGCGAAGUGGGCUGCAAGAAGAAGAAGAGUAAAGUUCUUAGCAGAAACAGUGCUGAUGAUGAGGAACUGACCAAUGAUAGCCUGACCCUUUCUCAAAGCAAGAGUAAUGAGGACUCGCUGAUUCUUGAGAAGAGUCAAAACUGGAGUUCACAAAAAAUGGACCACAUUCUGAUUUGCUGUGUUUGUCUUGGUGAUAAUAGUGAAGAUGCAGAUGAAAUAAUUCAAUGUGACAAUUGUGGCAUUACAGUUCAUGAAGGUUGUUACGGAGUUGAUGGGGAGAGUGACUCUAUUAUGAGUUCGGCUUCUGAAAAUUCCACCGAGCCUUGGUUCUGUGAUGCCUGUAAAUGUGGUGUUUCUCCUAGCUGUGAACUGUGUCCUAAUCAGGAUGGAAUUUUCAAGGAGACGGAUGCUGGAAGAUGGGUCCACAUUGUUUGUGCCCUAUAUGUUCCUGGAGUAGCCUUUGGAGAUAUUGAUAAGUUACGACCAGUAACACUAACGGAAAUGAACUAUUCUAAAUAUGGUGCCAAGGAGUGUAGCUUUUGUGAAGACCCUCGCUUUGCUAGAACUGGAGUUUGCAUUAGCUGUGAUGCAGGGAUGUGCAGAGCCUAUUUUCAUGUUACCUGCGCCCAGAAGGAAGGCCUGCUUUCAGAGGCGGCAGCAGAAGAGGAUAUAGCAGAUCCAUUUUUUGCUUAUUGUAAACAACAUGCAGAUAGGUUAGAUAGAAAGUGGAAAAGAAAAAACUACUUGGCUCUACAAUCCUAUUGUAAAAUGUCUUUGCAAGAGAGAGAAAAACAACUAUCUCCUGAAGCACAGGCAAGGAUCAAUGCCCGACUACAGCAAUAUCGUGCCAAGGCAGAGCUGGCUCGAUCUACCAGACCACAAGCCUGGGUACCCAGGGAAAAGUUACCCAGGCCACUGACAAGUAGUGCUUCAGCCAUUCGUAAACUGAUGCGCAAAGCAGAACUAAUGGGGAUCAGUACAGAUAUCUUUCCAGUGGACAAUUCAGAUACUAGUUCUAGUGUGGAUGGAAGGAGGAAACAUAAGCAGCCAGCUCUCACUGCUGAUUUUGUGAAUUACUAUUUUGAGAGAAAUAUGCGCAUGAUUCAAAUUCAGGAAAAUAUGGCUGAACAAAAGAAUAUAAAGGAUAAAUUAGAGAAUGAGCAAGAAAAGCUUCAUGUAGAAUAUAAUAAGCUCUGUGAAUCUUUAGAAGAACUACAAAAUCUGAAUGGGAAACUUCGAAGUGAAGGGCAAGGAAUAUGGGCCUUACUUGGCCGAAUUACAGGGCAGAAGUUGAAUGUACCGGCAAUUUUACGAGCACCUAAGGAGAGAAAACCCAGUAAAAAAGAAGGAGGCACACAAAAGACAUCUGCUCUUCCUACAGUACUUUAUAGUUGUGGAAUUUGUAAGAAGAACCAUGACCAGCAUCUCCUUUUACUGUGUGACACCUGUAAACUGCAUUACCAUCUUGGGUGCCUUGACCCGCCCCUUACAAGGAUGCCGAGAAAGACCAAAAACAGUUACUGGCAGUGCUCAGAGUGUGACCAGGCAGGGAGCAGUGACAUGGAAGCAGACAUGGCCAUGGAAACAUUGCCAGACGGAACCAAACGAUCAAGGAGACAGAUUAAGGAACCAGUGAAAUUUGUUCCUCAGGACGUGCCUCCAGAACCCAAGAAGAUUCCAAUAAGAAACACGAGAACCAGAGGACGAAAGCGAAGCUUUGUUCCCGAGGAAGAAAAACAUGAGGAAAGAGUUCCUAGAGAAAGAAGGCAGAGGCAGUCUGUGUUGCAAAAGAAGCCCAAGGCUGAAGACUUAAGGACUGAAUGCGCAACUUGCAAAGGAACUGGAGAUAAUGAGAAUCUCGUCAGAUACCCUUCAUGAGACCCAACUCUGCCACAGCUCAUCCUCGGAGGCAGUCCCGGAAACCUCUUUUAUAAGUGUGAUUUUAAAAUGUGGAUAAAACUCUCAAUAGAGCAUAUAAACUAAAGGAGAACAGCUAUCUUGUCCUUCCCAUAAGCUUAUCACUGCAAAAAGUGCUUUUGCUUGUCAGGUUUGGAUAGAAUGUAAUUGAUCGGUCUGUUAUAUGGGUAGACAAGGCAGUUAAUUUGCCUGUGGAUUUUUUUUCCUUUUUUUCUUUCUAUUUUCUUCUUUCUCCCCUUCUCUUACUAUUUUUUUUUUUGUUACAAUACUCAGAAACACUUGGUGUACGCAUUUUUAAAAACAACAGUGGGUAUUGUCUUGUCAGAAUUGUUUUAGUGGGUAAAUGUCUUUCCCUCUUGCUCCUUUGGCCCGAGACAAUACAGUAUUUGGACUGCAUGAAGACUAAAGGAAGCCAGUGGGACUUACGUGCUCUGAGCUUCCCUUUGUUGAACAAUUACCUCCGUUAUUUGUUUGUAAAAGGACAAUGCUUGCCACUGAUCUGCAAGUCUGUAUCAACUUAUUUACUACAUGUAUUCACACAUGAAAGAAAUUCUCCAAUGAGAACAACUCUAGACUCAAAUUUAAUUUCUAUUUGUGAUAUUCAGCAAAAGUGAAAGACUGGUGAAGAUUAAAACUUUCUGGUUUUGAGUAGUAUGAAAGCACUUGAUAUUAGCAUGGACAUUUGAUAACUAGAAUUUAAGCUCAAGAAUAAACGUACUAUCUGUAUUAGUCUGUAGGUAAUUUUUUCAGAAAUACCCAAAUUCAUUCCUUAUUGUUUCAUUUAAUACGAACUCUGUAUGUUCCAUGCAAUUUUACUUUUUUCAACUUAAAUGUGAAGCUAUGGAAUGAGGGAGAUACAGAGCUUGUUGAGUAUACAACCUGCCUGCUGAAAGAUCUU